UGCUCGCCAUUGUUGAUUUCUUGACACUGGUCUGGAAGGAGUGACUCGUUGACUGCGGCGACCGCAAUUUCGGCAACAUGGGAGCCGUUGUGGGAUUUAUUCUAAACGGAUUUUAAGAACCGUCGGGGAAAAUGGCAGAGAGGUUGGAGUGGGUGGAGAUCAUCGAGCCGCGCACACGGGAGCGUAUGUACGCCAACCUGCUGACGGGCGAGUGCGUGUGGGACCCUCCGCAGGGCGUUUGCAUCAAGCGUACCGGUGACAACCAGUGGUGGGAGCUGUUUGAUCCCAACACCUCACGCUUCUACUACUACAACGCCUCCACCCAGCGGACAGUGUGGCACCGGCCCCAGGCCUGCGACAUCAUCCCCCUGGCCAAGCUGCAAACCCUGAAGCAGCACACGGAUGCCACCAACCCCCGUCCUGCAGGUGGAGGAGGAGGAGGGAGGGCGUCAGCUGACAACAGCCCGGGACGUAACAGCGGGGUCAGCCGAGAGGGAAGCACCUCCUCCUCCCUCGAUCAGGAGCUUUCUGAAAAACAGGGCAACAGAGAGGAGGCAGACAGGACUUCUCCCUUCAGGUGGAACACUGGUACGAAGGAGCGAAUGCUAAUCAAGGUGACGGACAGAGAGCCCAGCUUCCUGGCCCACCAGGGAAAUGGUUAUUCCCCCUGUGACCCCCCCACUCCUGGUCCUCCAGGAGGGGGCACCACCUCACGAACCCGCCGUUCAUCUGGAGGUAACGCGCCUCCAGAACCCGACGGCUCCCCCGUUCUCUACACCGACCGCCGUCAGUCCCCCUUCCUGAAGCGGGCUGAGCUGGGCGGCACCGGCACACACCGCCGCUCCUCGGCCGACUCCCAGCCUUCAUCGCCCCGCUACGCCUAUGAACCCCCGCUGUAUGAGGAGCCGCCCUCGGAGUACCAGCCCCCUCCCAUUUACGAGGAGCCUCCCACUGACAUGCACCUCUCUGACUCCUCCUUCUACGGCACUGGCAAGUCACCUGCUCGCAAGUCUUCGGCCCCCCUCUAUCACUCGCCCAAGCAGGGCCAGUCGCCUUAUGGGCAACUGGUUUUAACCAGGCAGAAGUGUCCAGAAAAGACCCAGAGUCUGGAGUACAGUCCUGUGGGGAAAGAGUACGUCAAGCAGCUGGUGUACGUGGAGCAGUCGUCUUCCAGCCCUCGCUUCAAGACCGCCGACCGCCUGCUGCGUUACGGCACUACAGGGGGCUAUGGUGGCUCAUACGGGGGGUCCUAUACUCUGCAGCACAGCCAGUCUCUGAUCAGGGAUCCCCGCCUACUGCUGGACUACAGUGGGGAGGGCGGAGAGGGAGGCCAGAGGUUGCUUUAUGAGGACUCCAUAUCCUGGACGUCCAGUCAGACCCACUCCCUCUCCUCUUCCUCUACAGGCGGCCCUGGGGCUUUCUCUCCCGGGGGUAACCGCAAACGUAAGAGCCGCAAGCCGUCCCUCCCCCAGGAGCUGGCGCGCUGCGUGGGGCCCGAGGGGGAGCUUGCAGGCACGGCAUCAGAGGCGAUGCUGGCCCAGGCCAGGCUGGCGUGGGAGGCCCAGCAGGUGAUGAAACAGAGGAGCAGUUGGGACUCGGGGCAGGGCGGGGGGGCAGCCCAAGGCGGCGGCUCCAAAGACGGCUACGAGAGUGACGGGGCGCUGCCUCUGCCGUUACCAGGACCGGUGGUGAGGGCGUUCAGUGAGGAUGAGGCGCUGGCACAGAGUGACGGCCACCACUGGAAACGCAGCACCUUCGAUCGGCUGGGCUUCCCCCAGGCCCUGCUGGAGAAAAGCCUCUCUGUCCAGACCAGCCUGGCCUCCCCUGAGCCUUACCUCCACCCCUCACAGUCGGAGGACCUCGGAGCCUGUGCCCAGUUUGAGGCCAGCCGAAAUGCCAGGAAUAUGAUGCCAAGCGCCAGCUGUGGCAUUUUCCCAGAAUUCACCCUGAGAAAACCUUCCUCAGAGACCGACAUCGAGAACUGGGCGUCCAAGCACUUCAACAAACAUACACAGGGUCUGUUUAGAAGAAAGGUGUCCAUUGCCAACAUGCUGGCCUGGAGCAGCGAGCCCAUCAAGAAGCCCAUGAUUGUGACCUCGGACCGCACCGUGAAGAGGGAAGCAGUGGACAUAUUUAAGCUCAUUCAGACCUUCAUGGGAGACCGUCGCUCCAAGGCCGACUCCCUCGCUGUGGCUCUGGAGGUGGUGGUGCGCGGGUGGAGUAACCAGGGUCUGCGCGACGAGCUCUACAUCCAGCUGUGUCGCCAAACCACGGAGAACUUCCGCUACGACAGCCUGGAGCGAGGCUGGGAGCUGAUGGCCAUCUGUCUGGCCUUCUUCCCCCCCACACCGCGUUUCCACACCUACCUGGAGGGCUACAUCUGCCGACACAUGGACCCUCUCAACGACACCAAGGGAGUGGCCAUUAGCAGCUAUGCUAAAUACUGCUACAGGAAACUGACAAAAGCUGCUCUGACUGGUGCCAAGAAGGGCGUGCAGAAGCCCUGUCUGGAGGAGAUUAAGCACGCCAGGAAUGCCAUCUUCAGUCCCUCCAUGUUUGGCUCCUCCCUGGACGAGGUGAUGGCCCUCCAGAAGGAGCGGUAUCCAGACAACCAGCUGCCCUGGGUGCAGACCCGCCUCUCUGAAGAGGUUCUGGGUCUCAAUGGAGACCAGACAGAAGGCAUCUUCAGGGUGCCAGGGGACAUAGAUGAAGUCAAUGCCCUCAAGCUGCAAGUGGAUCAAUGGAAAAUCCCCACAGGACUGGAGGACCCGCACAUCCCAGCGUCUCUGCUGAAGCUCUGGUACAGGGAGCUGGAGGAGCCUCUCAUUCCUCACGAGUUUUAUGAGGAGUGCAUAAAUCACUAUGACAACCCAGAGGCAGCUGUCAAUGUGGUGCUAGGCCUGCCACACAUCAACAAACUGGUGCUCUGCUACCUCAUCCGCUUCCUACAGGUAUUUGCCCAGUCUGCCAAUGUGGCCAUCACCAAGAUGGAUGUGAACAACCUGGCCAUGGUCAUGGCUCCCAACUGUCUGCGCUGCCAGUCCGACGACCCCAGGGUGAUCUUUGAGAACACGCGCAAGGAGAUGUCCUUCAUCCGGGUGCUCAUCCAGCGGCUGGACACCAGCUUCAUGGAUGGAAUACUAUAGCCCCCCCAUCGCUCACACACGCACACGCACGCACACACACACACACACACACACACACACACACACACACACACACACACACACACACGCCAUCCAUACUUUACCCCCCUACACUCCCUUCAACCCCCCUCCAUGACAGGGCCCCACACACUCCCCCCAGCACAGGAACAUCAUACAUACACAUUGUUGCCGCUGGGUGAAUACCUCGCCUCUUCAACAUGUUUACUUUUCUGGAACUAACAAAACUGCCUUGUUUUCGAGUUUGACCACUGUACAUUUGAGUUGACCCAGCUGUUUUUUCUAUUUCUGUAGAUGUAGUCCUUUAACUGACAUUUACACAAGAAAAAAAA